UAUUUAUGAUUAAUUAGAAGUGAUUGAAAUAGUUUUAAAUCCAAUAUGGCGUUCGCCUGUCAAAAGAAUAGUUACUUGCAAGAGUUGACCACAAGGGUGGUGUCCUGCACACCAGCUGAGCUGAAGCAAGUAGUCAAUGGCAAGAAACAAACUCUCCAAGGCUAUGAGGUUAUCACAGAAGACACGGUUCUCUUUCCGGAAGGUGGUGGCCAGCCAGAUGACAGGGGAACGAUGAACGGCAUUGAUGUCCUCAGGAUAACCAGGAGAGGAGCUGAUGCUGUCCUCUUUGUUGAGAAAGCCAUAGAAGCAGGGACGGAGGUUGUACAGAAGGUGGAUUGGACCAGGAGAUUUGACCACAUGCAGCAACACUCAGCCCAGCAUCUGAUAACAGCUGUAGCUGAGGCCAAGUAUGGCUGGCCAACAACAUCCUGGGAUUUGGGGAAGGAGAAGUCCUUCAUUGAGAUGGACACACCCAAGAUCCAAGCAGAACAUAUGCAGGAACUGGAGAGAGAAGUCAAUGAAGCAAUCAGGAAGCAGCUGGCAAUGACUCCAAGACUUGUAGACCUGGGAUCUGCUGUGCUCAAUUGUGUACGAACAAGAGGACUACCAGAGGAUCAUGUUGGUCAGGUCCGCAUUGUAGAGAUUGAGACUAUAGAAGCCAACACCUGUUGUGGUACCCAUGUGGCCAACCUUAGUCAUCUACAGUCAAUCAAACUGCUGGGUGCCGAGAAAGGAAAGAAGAACAAGACCAACCUGUAUUUUCUGGCUGGCGACAGGCUGCUCAAUUACCUGGGCAAGUGCCUGGCCAAUGAAAAACUCCUUACAGGGUUCCUCAAGUGUGGACCGGAGGGCCACCCACAAGCAGCAGAGAAGAUCCAGAAAUCAUUGAAAGUAGCCAACAAGAGCACUACCACGUUACUGAGGGACCUUGCAGCCCUAGAAGCCUAUCGCUACAACAACCAGGCCAACAAAGAUCCCGUCUUCGUCCUUCACCGGAAAGAGGGUGACUUGGAAUUCCUGAAUAUGGUUGCAAAUGAAAUCAAUUUGCAGAAUUGUCUAGCGCUCUUGACAGCUGGUGAUGAGAAGGGUGUAGGACUGUUCCUAGUAGCAGGCCCAGAUGACAUCAUCAAAGAAGUCGGACCACAGAUUGCUGAAUGUUUGGAGGGGAGGGGAGCAUGUAAGAAUGGCCGUUACCAAGGCAAGGCUAACAAGCUGAGCAAGCGAUCCACUGCAGAGGAGACAUUACAUCAAUAUAUUCCGAGACUGCCAACCUGUUAAUGUAAAGCCUCUGCCAUAACAUGAAGCUUAUUGGUUGAGCCACCGCCCCUCAUUGUUUGCCAACUUGAGAAAAGUCAUGUAUCAAAGAUGCUCAGCAUGUACAACAAAAGUUUGCAGGUUCUAAUCAGUUCUAAAACCGAAACUGGAUGAAGGAGAAUUCUAAGUGUUCCGUUUCUGUUUCCCUUUAAUUAUUUUACGAUUUGAAAUGUGAAGCCUAUCAUCUCAAAUGUUCACUGGGUGAAAUGCCUUUGUUGCUAAUUGUUGCAACUUUUAUCGUGAUUCUUGGCAAUGUCAUGUAGGCUAAUGGCACCUGGGACUGAUUUUGAUAACAAUAUAAUUAUGGUUACAAAUCCUUAGGCCAAAAAAAAGGCUCCGGUUUCUGGUCUGCACGCGCGUCGCCGUAGCUGUGCGUGUUUGCAAAAUUUAAAAAAAAAAUCAAUAUAAGAGGG